UAUUGCUUUUGUUCAUGUCAGUUUAAAUAAUUUUUUCAGCUAUUGGAAGUUGGAACUAUAUGGUUGGGAUAAAGCAUUGAUUCUGGUAUAAACAAGAAUUAUUAUAGGAGAUAUAUACAUUUGAUUUUGAUAAUUGGAUUAAAAUUAUGUGACAACAUAUGGCCAAUAAAUUAAGUGAUGUUUUGAAAACUAUGAACCAGGUGAAAUUGAGGAGCAAUUGCUGACCACAUGAAAAAUGAGGAUAAUUUAAUUCUUAAUUGUUCCAGUGAAAAUCAGCUACUUGAUAAGCUAACCUUAACCAAAAUUAGGCAAUACAAACACACGGACUGACCAAAAGAGAUUUUGGUGGAGGUCUUGGUCUCUGUUCAUUUGACCCGGAUGUCCAAGAAAAUACACAAAUAGAUUCCACUGCUGCCCCAGUUUAUAUGUUCCUUCUCCCACCCUGCUGUAAUCCCAUUCCACAACCGAAGUGUGUGGAUACCUAUCAAAGUGGAUCAAAUUACAAGAAAAGAAGAUUUUGGCAUAGCUAAGGCUUUGGCCAGCAUUCUUAAGUUGAUUGAAACAGUGAUCAUGGAUACUCCUUUUGCAGAGGGGCCACCCAAUGGGCGGCUACCAUCUACUUCAGAUGAUGCAGAUAUGAUGGAAAAUGAAAAUAUGGAGACAAAAAUAGGCUCUCAGGAAUCAUUUACAGAGUUUAUGGCUCAGAGCUUGCCACAUAAAACAGGCCCAGUGAUUCAUAGACGGGCAGAUCGUCAUUAUUCUAAACGAAUGCGUCGAAGACUUGUUUACAAAAAUGGUGAAGUGAAUAUUACACAAACAAAUAUAAGAAAACGUAGACGAAGAUAUUUAGCUGAUAUUUUCACAACAUUAGUUGACAUUAAGUGGAGAUAUAACUUGCUGUUGUUUGCAUUAGCUUUCAUACUUAGUUGGUUAAUGUUUGCAGUGAUAUGGUGGCUUAUAAGCUUUUCACAUGGGGAUUUAGAAAACAGUAGCAAUAAAAACUGGAAACCUUGUGUGAAGGAAAUGUAUUCAUUUACGUCUGCAUUACUGUUUUCUAUAGAAACACAACAUACCAUUGGAUAUGGUGCUCGUCACACAACAGAAGAAUGUCCAGAAGCCAUUACAGUCAUGAUGAUUCAAUCAUGUUUCGGUGUUAUUUGUCAGGCAAUGAUGACGGGAAUUGUUUUCGCUAAACUUUCACGGCCUAAAAAACGUGCUGAAACAUUAAUGUUUAGCAAAAAUGCUUGUAUAUGCAAACAAGAUGGAGAUCUUUGUUUGUUGAUACGUGUUGGCGAUAUGAGAAAAUCUCAUUUAGUUGAAGCUCAUGUCAGGGCAGUUGUGAUAAAAAGAAAAAUAACUAAAGAAGGUGAAGUUUUACCUCUCUACCAGUUUGAUGUUGAUUUAGGAUUUGAUCAGGGACGGGACAGACUUUUUCUAGUAUGGCCUGUUAUUCUGGUCCAUAAAAUCAAUGAAGAAAGUCCUUUUUGGGAGAUGGCUCCAGAGGAUUUACAUAGAGAACAGUUUGAGCUUAUUGUAAUACUCGAGGGUAUUGUGGAAUCCACUGGAAUGACAACACAAGCAAGGAGUUCUUAUCUCCCUGGAGAAAUUUUAUGGGGACAUAGAUUCGAAAGAUUGGUAACCUUUCAAAAAGAGAAUGGUCAAUAUCAAAUAGACUUUUCAAGAUUUCACAAUACCUUGCCAAUGGAAACUCCACAGUAUAGUGCAAAGGAAUUAUCAGAAAUGAGUGAUAGAGGGCAUCAAAAUCUGGCCAUAGAUGAUGAUGAGGAGGUGACCUCUGUGGGAUCGACAAAACAUGAUAAGUUUCCAAGUCCCUAUGUGAUAAAAAGACAUGGUUAUGCACAAACUGACUUUGAUUAUGAUGAAGAUGAUUUGAUUUCACAAGAAAGUUCUGUUCAAAGUAGACAAACCAAUGAAUCAGAAACAUUAUUAUGAAACCAUUAUACAUUAGACAUCCAAAACAGAACAUCAUUCCAGGGUUGCAGAAUAUUUUUAAACAGUUGUCAGUUGUUUGUGAUUUUCCAGAACAAAACCUUUUUAAAUGUUAUUUGUACUAUAUUACUAAAAUGAUUUUUUUUAACUGUGUAAAUUAUUGUACAAAUUUUGAUGGAAGACUUUUGUCGUCAUUUCUUUUUCGUCAGUAUUAAUAUUUCAGUACAUAUGCUGAACCUAUACUGUCUCAAUUAAUUUGUUGGCUAUAUACAGGCCAUUUUUUUUUUAAUUUUGAAAAAUAUGAUAAAAUAUCAUUAUAGUAUUAUGGAUUCAUAAAAUACAAUAGGCAAAUUAGUUCAAACUACUGAUCAUACAAAGAUUACUUUAGUCCCUUUUUUUCCCUAAUAAAGAGUAAUAUUUUACAAGGCUACAAGAAUUACUGAUAUUAUAAUAAAUAAAUUUACUGAUGGUCUGUUCUACCUCAGUAUAAUGAAGACUACACAAUCUCAGGCACACACUGUUCAUCACCUAUAUUUGUCUGUUGCAGAUCAUCCAAAGCUUCUGUAUACUUUAUAUAUUUGUUCCAUACACAGUAUUAUAACAAUUAAUAAAGUUAACUAUUAAGCUGAUGGGGUUGAUAUCUAUUACUUUGCCUCUUUCUUCAGUUAAUACGGCUAAAGAGAAAAUCAAUGAAAAUAAUGAAAUUCUAAAAGUUAAAAGAGAUCAUAUCAACAAAGCUUAUAUUUGAUUUUAUUUGUCAAAAAAGGGCAAAUCUUAAACCUUUUAGUAAAUGUAAAAAAAAGCCCUUUGUUUUGGGAUAGGGGUAAAUAACCAAUCUAUAUUCAAUAGAUUUUGAAAAUAAUGGUAUUUAGCCAAAUUGUAGAUAAAUAUUUUGAGUGACACAAACAUGUUCUGAAAAUACAAUAUUUGUUUUAAUUUAUUAAAUGAUCCAAAAACUGCACUUUUAUUUUAAUGACAUGAAAUUUAAUUUGGUUAUUUGAUUAGCCUACUAUAUGUUGAAAUAGUUAUACAUUGUACAUUGUAAUAUGACAUAUUUGUACAUUGUACAUUGUAAUAUGAUAUAGUUAUACAUUGUACAUUGUAAUAUGGCAUAUUUAUACAUUGUGCAUUGUUAUAUGACAUAUUUAUAGAUUGUACAUUGCAUUGCUGUGAUAUGAUUUCAUUUUAAUGUUCUGUCCUGCUGUAAAUAUUAAAACUUUUUUUUUUAAUUUUCAAUAAAAAUAAGUAAUGUAAUGAUCAACACUGUAAUUCCUGCAAGAUAAAUAAUAAAAGUAUGAUAAUUAACAUUUUUUAUAACAAUGUGACUUUGAAUACAAACAAAAAAUUUGUUGGUUUAUAUAAUUACAAUUUAUUUAAAAUAAAUACACAUUGUAUUAUUUUAAAUUGGACAUAAAAAAUGUUUAUAAGACCAUGAGAUGUUUGGAGUCAGAAGGAAAGAUUGAAGAAUUAUUCUCUUUUAUAUACAUGUAUAAAAUACCAGAGUUUUUUUUACACCAUUCUUAAAAUAAAAAAACUUCAAAUAUUUUUUAUGUUAUGAAGGUUUGAAAUGAAUGUGUCAGAUUUGAUAUAAAUGGUAUGCCAUGUUAGAAUAAGAUACAGCCUUGUUGACAUGUUUGUAAACAAUUAUAUUUGUUUGUUAUUCAUUUCUUUGUGGAAAGGAAUUUUUAGCUAUAGCUCAUGUGUAAUUUUUCAUGCUUUUCAUUGUAAUGCAUUACAUUUGUUACCCCUCUUGCUGUUAUCCCUCUCCAGCAGAGGAAAUAUCAUCCCUAGAUGAGGAGGAGUAAACUUUGGACAAGGAUUGAGUUACAAAGAAAUUAUAAAUCUUCAAAUCAGUGGUCUUGCUCAAGAAGGAUUUAAUAGUAAAGAAUUACUUCAUGAUAAUAAGGGCAGGCUUAGUAUACUUACUCAACGAUACUAAAUGUGUUGAGUAUCAUGCAUUUUAUUUUAUCUGUCAUAAAUGUCUAAAAAUAGAGCACGAAUAUCAAUUGUCUUUUGCAGUUACUUUUUUGAUAUGUAUGUAUAACAAUUUGGAAAAACUUUUCAUUUGAAAAUCCUAUAAAUUUGAAUACUUUGUUAAUUUAUUAGUAAAUUUGAUGUAGUAAAGAAAUUUAGAAAUUUAUGGAAUGUGCUGUUAUUUGGCACAUGUCUGACAAUUUAAAUGCUAGUGUAAAAACAUAAACAUGUAUUAAAAGGGUGAUGCAUUAACUGUGGUUUAUUAAAAGUAAAAGGGUAAUGCAUUAACUGUGGUUUAAUAAAAGGGUUAUGCAUUAACUGUGGUUUAUUAAAAGGGUUAUGCAUUAACUGUGGUUUAAUAAAAGGUUUAUGCAUUAAUUGUUGUUUAUUAAAAGUAAAUAACAUUUUUAGUUGGACAGCAUCUGUUUAGUAAAACUAGCUCAUUUAAAAAAUCAUAGAGUUAUUUCCCCUUAACCACUGCUUGGUAUGUGGUAAAAUAUACUAUUUAGCUAAUUCUUUGGCUGGCCACAGACCACAAUUAAAUUCUCUAUUAGUUCUUUAUAACGUUUUGUUUCAUUAAAAAAAAUGCACCGAUUCUUUUUGUCAAAUAUUUUGUGUGUGUAAAGUACAGUACUAGUCCAAACAUAUAUCAAACAUUCAGAAAUAUCGCUCCCCAGCAUCUUACAAAUUUAGCCAAUACACAUCCAUACCCCUAUGGACAAGUCAAGAGAUGUUCCGAAAACUGUAAAUAUCACCUUUUUGCACCUGGCCUAAUCACUCUUUCCAUAUCAAAAUCAGUUAAAAUACAACAUCCAAAAGUUUAUUUCACCUCUCUUCUUUCAUUUCCAUCCAAAAAAAUCUAAGAAAUGAGUGAGGAAGGGAAAGAAAAAAAAUUAAGAAAAAAUACUCUCUAAUUAAAAGGAACUAUAUUCGUGGACAACGAAAAGUGGGAUCAAUAAUUGUGGUCUUUGGCCGGCUCAUCUACUCAAAAGCCUCAUAGAAAUUUUUUUAAAUAAUCAGCAAAGUCAUAGAAUAAAUCAUUACUUGUACAAACAUCAUAUUACUAAUAAAUAAAUAUUUUGAGUUUUAUUUCAGAGAAUUGUCAACACACAAAGUAUCGAUUUGUGCUAUAUAAGUGUAUGAUUUAAUUUAGUAAAAGACUGAGGCAAGAGGUCACUAUAAUCUUCUAAGUCAUCAAUUGCCUUUUCUUUAUUCAUUGCCUUUACAUGUGUCAAAGGUUGAAAUUGUUGUAUAAUUUGCUUUUUGAUUUAUGGCUGAAUUUUAAAUAAAUAUGUGAAAUUUGUACAUAUUUUUACUGAGUUUGAUACUUGUAUAAAAAGUUAUGAAUCUCAAUGUCUGUCAUUGAAUCUCAGAAUGAAAUGUGAUAUGUUUUAGUUAUAGAAGAUACGAAGAUUUUAGUUAUAGAAGGUAAAAAGAUUUUAGAGAGAUUGUAAGACUAGAAAUCUCACACAAGUAAGGUUAGGAUUUGUUGUCUCUAGUAAGACUUGAGAAUGUACACCAUUUUCAAGUUUCCUGAUUUUAGUACAACUGACCUCAAAUUUUUGCACUUUGACCAAAUAAUAUUUAAAAAAACACAUUGUUUUGGUCUGUGGUAUCAUAUGUUUUAUGUUAUGAUGCUAUAAAAUUCUGGGUUCUCUUUUCCUAUCCUUUGAUGAAAACAUACUAGAAAUUGAUGUAUUGGUAAUCUAAAGGUGUGAGGGUUUCAUAGGUCUCAGCAGUGGACGACUGAGAUCUCUGGUCAUGUUCUGACAACCUCAUGCUUUCAAUGUUCAAGUGAAUUCUGUUACAUAAAAAAGUACCUGAGACCGUAGCAUGUUGUUAUAUAUCUACCAUUGGAAGUUAAUCAACAUCAUGGUGAGAGAUAGUUCGUCUAUUUUUAUAUUCUUUAGAAAAAAAACGUUUAUAACAUAAACGUUUUUUUAUAUAGCCUUUUCUAUUACCUGUCUUGCAUUAAAUUGAAUACAAGUUCUGUGAAAUUUUUCUAACUAUUAAGGGGGUUUAUCCUGAAAUUUAAUAAAAAUACUGAUAGAUGUUCUUUGGCUACUGAUUUACAAGUAAAUCAUUUGUUGCAUUUUUGUAAAGCUGGAGAAAAAUUAAAUUUAGUAACUCAUUUAUAUAUUGUUUUGAUACUUAUAACUUAUUUGCAAUUUGUAUGCAAUAUUUGCAUGGGAGUUUUGUGGUCAUGAGAUAAAUCAUAGUUUAAUUAUUAAAAAAAAAUGGGUUAAAUGUUAAAAAAAUGUCUGAACACAAUUAAUUUUCUUUAAAAUAUUUUUACCUUUACGGAUGCGAUUUGAAUUUUAUGAUUUGACUUGACUGGAGAAACCCUUUUUAAGCCUUUUCCCAUAGAUUUUAGCAACCGUUUUUGUGGGGGAGAACGAGGAGUUAAAACUGUUUUAAAAGAGGAGAGGUUGAAAUGGCUCUCAUUAUAUGAUAGAAAUAACCGAUAUAUUUGAUUUCACUUUGAAUGUUGUUUGGCUGAUCGAAUCCUAUUGAAUAAAUUCAUGUUUACCUCAUUGUCAUUACAUUUAUUUACUAAUACUUGUUAGGAUAUUAAAUAUGGAUAUUAAUUGAGAUGCUGAAUUGUGUCUUUCAUUAAAAAUAGUAGUUUUAAUUGGAAACAGCAUUUCAAUUCCUAAAGAAAUUAAGAAUUGAUUUUUAUUUUAAACAAAUGUGACCACUUAGUAGUUAAAUAUUGUUUGGGAACUAGUGGCAUUUUUGUGUCAACAUUUUUUGCUAUGCAAAAUAGUUGAUGGAAUUGAGGAGCCGUUGUUGAAUUAAAUUUUUUGGGGAAGAAAUUGUAGGUUUCCAUUUCAGAAACUAGGAAAAAAGCUGAUAUUUGAACCUUUGAAAUUUUAAAUUGCACAUAUUUAAAUUUUGCUUGCUCUCCAUUAAAUAGUGUUGGGUAGGAUAGAUAGUGAAGCUGAAUCUUCAUUGACCUAAUGGUGUCUUCAGCUACAAGCACUUAAUUAGAUAGUAUAAUAUAUAUAAUUUGAGAAGACAGAAAUUGAACAAAACCUUAAAUGAUUCAGUAGGCAGUCCAUAACUUUCAUAAUUAAUACAUUAUAUUGUGUUAUUCAUGACACCAUUUUCUUUUUUCUGAAUGAAUGUUACAUUUUGUGAUGAUUUGGGAAUGGUGCUACAUGAUGUUGCUACAGUUAUGAACAUUUUAUACUGUUUACUAUUUUUACCAUUUACAUAUUUAAUUUUUGCAUCUUUUCACUAUCAUGCAUAUUUGUGUGUUAAGUUUCAUUAAUAUUAUAUAUUAUUUUGAGUAAAUAAAAUCAUUUUUUACCAAAAGAAA